AUGGAAUCAGGAAAUCCCUCAUCAACGCCAGAUCCAGAUCCUUCAUCGCCGACAUCUCCUUCUGCUAAUUUCAACACAGACCAGCUUCCUCACACUCACACAAGCCGUGCCUCUGAAGACGACGAGGCUUCCGUUGAUCCCGAGGUCAUACGAGAUGAACCUGAAGAAGAACAACCUAACGAAGAAGAAGAAGAUGGAGAAGAUCUUUAUAAUGAUAACUUCAUGGAUGAUUAUCGGAGAAUGGACGAGGCUGACCAGUUCGAAUCAGUUGGGCUGGAUGACACUUUGGAGGACGAUAGGGAUUUCGAUCAGAUCAUGGAGGAUCGAAGGGCUGCAGAGAAUGAACUCGACGCACGUGAAGGUCGCAUUUCUAAUCGCAACAAGCUUCCUCAGCUUCUCCACGACCAGGAUACAGAUGAUGACAGCUACAGGCCUUCCAAAAGGGCUCGAGCCAGGCCUCCUAUACCAAGCGAUGAUGAUGUUGAUGGGAUGCCAAGUUCCCCUGGAAGGUCACAAGGAGGACACUCAAGAGAGGAUGUUCCAAUGACUGAUCCAACUGAGGAUGAUCCAGAUGAUGAUGGAUAUGAUGACGAAGGUGAGUAUGAGAUGUACCGAGUUCAAGGGACACUUAGAGAGUGGGUUACAAGAGAUGAAGUGCGCCGCUUCAUAGCCAGGAAAUUCAAGGAUUUCUUACUGACAUAUGUUAAUCCAAAAAAUGAACCCGGCGACUUUGAAUAUGUGCGGCUGAUAAACGAGAUGGUGUCAGCUAAUAAGUGCAGUUUGGAGAUAGAUUACAAACAAUUUAUCUAUGUCCAUCCCAACAUCGCCAUUUGGCUGGCUGAUGCACCUCAGUCCGUUUUAGAAGUAAUGGAAGAUGUUGCCAAAAACGUUGUCUUUCAGUUACAUCCAAAUUAUAGAAAUAUACAUCAGAAGAUUUAUGUUCGCACCACCAACUUACCAGUUUAUGAUCAGAUUCGAAAUAUAAGGCAGAUCCACUUGAAUACAAUGAUCCGAAUUGGGGGAGUAGUAACUAGGCGCUCCGGAGUUUUCCCCCAGUUACAACAAGUGAAGUAUGACUGUAGCAAAUGCGGGGCAAUUUUGGGACCUUUUUUUCAGAGUUCAUAUUCAGAGGUGAGAGUUGGAUCCUGUCCCGAGUGUCAAUCAAAAGGGCCGUUCACUGUCAAUAUUGAGCAGACAAUUUACAGGAAUUUUCAAAAGCUUUCUCUCCAAGAGAGCCCAGGAAUAGUUCCUGCAGGUCGACUUCCAAGAUACAAAGAAGUGAUACUAUUGAAUGAUUUGAUUGACUGUGCUCGCCCCGGUGAAGAGAUUGAGGUCACAGGUAUUUAUACUAAUAACUUCGACUUAUCCCUAAACACAAAGAAUGGAUUUCCAGUGUUUGCCACUGUUGUUGAGGCAAAUUAUGUUACGAAGAAGCAAGACCUCUUCUCUUCCUACAAACUUACCCAGGAAGACAAAGAAGAGAUUCAAAACCUGGGCAAAGACCCCCGAAUUGGAGAAAGGAUUAUCAAGUCUAUUGCUCCAUCAAUCUAUGGUCAUGAGGACAUAAAAACUGCAAUAGCUUUAGCUAUGUUUGGAGGUCAAGAAAAAAAUGUUAAAGGAAAGCAUCGACUGCGUGGAGACAUAAAUGUUCUUCUUCUCGGUGAUCCAGGAACAGCAAAAUCUCAAUUUCUUAAGUACGUUGAAAAAACGGGGCAGAGAGCUGUAUACACUACCGGCAAAGGGGCUUCUGCUGUGGGUCUCACAGCUGCAGUUCACAAGGAUCCAAUAACAAGGGAGUGGACUCUUGAGGGGGGAGCCCUUGUUCUAGCUGAUAAAGGAAUUUGUCUUAUUGAUGAGUUUGACAAGAUGAAUGACCAGGAUAGGGUAAGUAUCCAUGAAGCCAUGGAGCAGCAGAGCAUAAGCAUAUCAAAAGCGGGAAUCGUCACAUCUCUUCAGGCACGCUGCUCCGUCAUUGCUGCCGCAAAUCCAAUUGGAGGAAGAUACGAUUCCUCGAAAACAUUCUCUCAAAAUGUUGAAUUGACGGAUCCUAUUGUUUCUCGUUUUGACAUCCUCUGCGUUGUGAAGGAUGUGGUUGAUCCGGUCACUGAUGAAAUGCUUGCAAAGUUUGUAGUUGACAGCCACUUCAAGUCACAACCCAAGGGCGCUAACAAAGAUGAUAAGUCCUUGAGCGAGUCCCAAGAUGUUUAUGCAACUGGCAUGCCAGCUGAUCCCGAGAUACUUCCUCAAGAUCUGCUGAAGAAGUACAUUACAUAUGCCAAGUUGAAUGUUUUUCCAAGGUUACAUGAAGCCGAUAUGGAUAAACUGACCCAUGUAUAUGCUGAACUGCGGAGGGAAUCUUCACACGGACAAGGAGUCCCCAUUGCCGUAAGACACAUUGAAUCAAUGAUAAGAAUGUCUGAAGCCCAUGCGAGAAUGCAUCUCAGACAGCAUGUUACACAAGAGGAUGUGGACAUGGCAAUUCGUGUUCUACUUGAUUCAUUCAUUUCAACCCAAAAAUUUGGGGUGCAGAAAGCUCUGCAAAAGAGCUUUAGAAAGUAUAUGACUUUCAAGAAGGACUAUAAUGAAUUGGUACUAUAUCUUCUACGGGAGCUUGUAAAGAAUGCUUUGCAUUUCGAAGAAAUUGUCGCUGGAUCUGCUUCAGGGUUAACGCAUGUUGAUGUCAAAUUAGAGGAUCUCUACAAUAAGGCUCGAGAGCAUGAAAUUUAUGAUCUGAAACCCUUCUUCAGCAGCAGUCACUUUUCAAGGGCCAAAUUUGUGUUGGAUGAAAAGCGAGAAGUGAUCAGACAUCAACUUGCUAGAUGAAAGUAGAAUGCAUCUAAGGAUUUUGAUCGGGUAUUAUUUUGGAAGGGCCUUUGAAUGAUCUCAGUUUUUUUUACCAUGAAUGUAGAUGCAUUAAUUUAAUCA